CAGCGCCUCCAUGUGAACUAACUCUUGCAGUGCGUUCCUUCGCACAAACAGAUGGCACCAAGUGCCUCAGCAACAGCAGCGUCGAUCCGACGGCACGCGCCGGUCCGGAACGGACCACAGGGGCUGGCUGACUGCAUGUUCAACGUCAUUGUGGGGAGGAGAGACGUGUCACCCCUUCCAGGGCUACCAAUUUAAUUUGACACAUUUCAGUUUUCGCCUCACCCGGUUUAUGUAUUCCGCCAAACGAGGGACUGGAUUAUUUUUUCAAGGAGUUUUUAAUCAACAUAUUCGCGCGCACAUCUGCAGAAGAAAAAACACAGGAGAGCAAAAGGCGCAAAUAUCAAGACGCAGCAUAGUACACCCCCACCCCUCAUCACAGCAACGCCCAUAGCAACCGCCGCGCAUCCUCUCUUCCAGUUUCCGCUUGUUUUUGCCUUCCCUCCAUCUGCCACCACGAUUCAUCGCCUGCACCCCCCGCCGACAGUCCGCGCAUUCAUUCCACUUUAUUCAGCAUCCAUAAACCCUGGACAGACCAAAAGGGUCCACGCUUUUGGUGUGCAUAAUGUUCGGUUCCGCACUGGUAUAGCUUCCUCCAUCCGUCUCGAAAGUGCAGGCGUUCGAAAGGAGCAGGUGCUAGAAGGCAGCAAGGCUUGUGGCACGGAGCUGUAGGCACCCAGCUGGCAAAUACGGAGAGGCCAUUGUUUUUCUGCAUCUUUUUUUUUUUUAGUCUCGCUAAUUGAUGCCAUGCCAAGGCAGCACAGCCUACAUCUUUUGACGAAGGCCCUUUCUCGCUGACCCCGGAUUAAUAUAUGUGAUGAUGCAGGUUCUCCCCCCCCUGUAACACAUUCUGUGUGAGACUGAAUGGAAACUGGAUCAGUGAUCUGCUCCUCUCUCCUGAGACUGCAGCACUGUAAGAUCAACCGAUCCCCAGACCCCACCCACCUCACUGGCCCUGGCCUAUCAGGGAACUGGCCUCCGCACAGCAACCCGUUCCACCCCGCCCCCUGCAUGAGGGACAAGGCCACCCAGACCCCCAGGGCCUGGGCAGAUGAGCGCAGGAGAGGCUCCCACAAGCGCUCCGCCUCCUGUGGGAGUACAGACCAGCUGAAAGAGAUCGCCAAGUUGCGGCAGCAGCUGCAGAGGAGUAAGCGAAGCAGCCGCCAUCGCCGAGACAAGGACCGCAAGUCGCCCUUCAAUGGCAACCAUGCUGCAAUCAUCCAGUCACAGGCCCAGAUGCCGAAGACCAUCCUGGUCCCAAUCCCCAUCUCCAAGUCCACCGCCCCUCGCUUCAGGAACAGCGUGGAGGGCCUCAACCAGGAGAUCGAGCGCAUCAUCAUCAGAGACACCAGCGAACGGGACGAGGUCAUCGUUCCUCAGGAUGUGCCCGACGGGCACCGUGCCCCGCCGCCCCUCCCCCAGCGCAGCAGCAGCACCCGCAGCAUCGACACGCAGACGCCGUCUGGCGGGGGCCUGGGCCCCGGCGCCAACCCCAGCAACAGCAGCAGCCGCUCCGACUCGGUGUCGCCCUCCUACCUGAGCAUCCUGAACGACAGCAGCCCGCUGCCGGACGACGACACGCUGAACGAGAGCAAGGAGAAAGACCUGGGCCCCACCUCUCCGCUGCCCAAGUACGCCUCGUCCCCCAAGCCCAACAACAGCUACAUGUUCAAGCGUGAGCCGCCCGAGGGCUGCGAGAGGGUGAAGGCCUUCGAGGAGUCCCAACCCAGACCCCUGCAGGAGAUUCCCCCUUACCUCUGUCCAGACAGGAACAAGGUGAACUUCAUCCCCAAAAGUGGCUCUGCCUUCUGCCUGGUGAGCAUCCUCAAGCCUUUGCUUCCGACCCCAGAGCGUGGCUUCCGCGGCGGGGUGGGCCUGCGCAGCCUCUCCCCGUCUCUGGUGCCCCUGGGCGGGGUAGGUGUCCGCAGUCUGUCCCCUUCCCUGGGCCUCUCCAGGGGCUCCAGCUCCCUGCACCAGCCCCACUGUCUGCCCAGACACCCAGAGGAGCCAGAAGGUUAAGGAAGACCUCUGGUGGUCAAACUGAGGAACUGCAUCUCUCUCUUUCUCUCUCUGAAAAACAAAACAAAACAAACAAUUGGCAAAGGAAUUCAGCAAACAAGUGGAUCAUCACCUCUUCUAUCAGAGCUCCUCCGGACUUGCUUAAACAUCACACCUCAUCACAGAGCUAAAUAUUCUGUUUCCCUUUUCAACUUGAAUGUGAAAAUGUAUCAUAGGUCGCAAAAGAAAAGACUACCCCUCUUGUCUGUCAAGGAUUACAAACCCCAUGAUCCAAAUAUCCAUCACAGUGGCAUCUUUAUGCUUCAUUUUUUUUAUUUUCUCAGUUUCAAUUUGGUUGCAAUUGUUUUUACCAUGAAGCCUUGUAAACGCCACAUUUCCUUACUUGAUUGUGUGUGUGUGAGAGUGUGUUACGCUACAACUCUUAUCCAACCGAGCAGAACCUUGCAGAACCUUGCAGAACCUUGACUGCUGGUUCCGAGGAACCCCCGAGCUGGCGCGUCACCACAAACUUUUUUUCUGUUGCCAAGGAAACGGUCUCAGCUUGGGGACCUUAUUUCGUAGCAAAAUGGUGGAGGGAGCAGGAGACACUGAAAGUGCUGACCUGAAUCAACAAAAUGUGCCUGACACCCAGUCUGCAUUCUUUCUUUCUCCUGCUUUCCUCCUUUCUUUUCUCUCUCUCUUUCUUUUCUCUCUCUCUCUCUCUCUCUCUCUCUCUUUCUCUCUCUGUCCAUCCAUCCUGUCCACCCAUUCCUGCAAUGUGAAGAGAAACACAGAUGUCUCAGUUCAUUCUAAAAACCUCUGAAGUGUAUGUUUUAAAUGUGACUUUUUAUGGCUAGCCAGAGGACCUGGUGCUAUGGUAGAGAAGCUAAGGUAUAAAUGUAAUGUAAAUACUCUCUGAAGUGGUAUGGGAUUUUUGUUGGAGCCUUGUACAUGAGCCGGGGAACGGGCAAGAAGAGCAUGAUCCUGCGUCGGAGCUGCUUAACGUCUACGGAGGCCCUGCGUAGCAGUCAUAACCUCACCUGCACUAUGUACAGACCAUAGCUGUGUCAUGAUGAGCUAUCUGCCUGAGCUGUAUGGCGUUGCUAUGCAGGGGGGUAUUGGUGACAAGAAGCUUGUGAGUGCGCUAGCUAGGCUACACGUGUCUUGCAUAGGGACCCAUUAAUUAAGAGUUUAUCAUCGCUUUUACAACAAAAACAUUAAGUACAUAGAAAAUGUAUGUGAAUGGCAGGCAUGAAUGUACAAAGGUAGCUUAAGAAACAUCCAGCUCAUUUCAGCAGAGACUGUGCCAUCCCGUGAUCAGACGAUGCUCUGGAAGGUGGGGCAGCUGCAUCCUGUUUGAAAAGCUUUCCCCCGCUUCCUCCUGCAUGGGUGGACCAUUUCUUUAAAAACCUAGAUUUGAACGUUUAAUCUGCAAAUGGUUCCACGUUGAACAUCCCCUCCAUGUAUUGCGAAUAACACAGUGCCUCCAUUUUGGGAAGGAGUUUCUAAAACAGCACUGUAAAUGCUUACCAUUAAUGCUCUUUUCUGCAAGAGAUGGGAAUCACUUUCAAUUUGAGGGGGUAUCUUCCAGGGAUGUGUUAAAAAGGUAUGUUUUAGAUCAUAUUACAGGAUUAGAUGGGUAGGCCUUUAGCAGGGGAGUUUUGUAUAAUCUAACAGAAGAUUCCGUUUCGAGACAAUUUAAGGUUCUUGCGUUGAACUCGACGCAGGUUAAUUUUACAACGUUCUAGUCCCUAUGGUAUUAUGGUACCUGCUGAAGGAAGAAAGUGCUUUGGGAUGGAAGGAUGAAGUGGGAAAGAGAGGAUGGCUGUUGUAGCAUCUUUUAUUCUGUAUAUUACGCCACUGCGUCAUACUGUGAGCCUCAUUACUCUUCCUUGAGACAAAGUUUGUGUGGACACUAAAGUGGAAAAUAGGCAAAACAUAGAAGAUAAAUUUGUACUGUACAUUGCCUUAAAAUGUAUGAAAUAUCAGAGAAAUGUUUAACAAAAAAAAGGACAAAUGGCUGUUAUAACAAAUAUUAAAGCCAAAUGAUAUGA